UCCGUAUCUUUGACAAUGACCAACAUGCGUCCCCAAACCUAUCGCCAAGAUCUCCUCUGCACCCUUCUCAGGCUGCUGCUUUCGCACACCCAUCCCUCUCCUUUCUCCUCCCCUCCCUCGUUAUAAAUACUCCCCACCUCCCUCUCUUCUCCUCUCGACACUCUAAUCAAUGGCUCUGCCAAACAUCAGCCACCUGCCACCAUCCUUCAUCGUGGCUGUCUCCCUCGUGACCAGCCUCAUCUCCAUAGUCGGCCAGCUCAGGCCAUGGCCGCCCACCCUUCCUCAGGGCCUCCUCACCCUCGACAUCGCUGGUGAGGUCCUUCUCGACCCCGACGCCACCGCCGGAUUCUCCACCGACUUCGGCUGCCUCGCUCGGGCCGCCCCUGCCGCCGUUCUCCGCCCCUCGGCCCCCGACGACAUCGCCGCCCUCGUCCGGUUCUCCUACUCCUCCCCUCAGCCUUUCGCCAUCGCCGCCCGGGGCCACGGCCACUCCAUCAGGGGCCAGGCCCUUGCACCCGGCGGCGUGGUCGUCGACAUGGCGUCCUUGGGCCACGGCCGCGCUGACCGGAUCAGCGUGUCGUUCGAUAAUGCGCCGCUGGUCUGGUACGUCGACGCCGGAGGCGAGCAGCUCUGGAUCGACGUCUUGCAUGAGACGCUCAAGCAUGGCCUCGCCCCCCGCUCGUGGACUGAUUACCUCUAUCUGACGGUAGGUGGCACUCUGUCGAACGCCGGCGUGAGCGGCCAGGCCUUCCGUCACGGUCCGCAGAUUUCCAACGUCUACGAGUUGGAUGUCAUCACCGGGAAAGGUGAGAUGAUAACCUGCUCACAUGAGAACAAGUCGGACCUAUUCUAUGGGGUCUUAGGAGGACUCGGCCAAUUCGGCAUCAUUACCCGAGCUCGAAUCGCCUUAGAGCCAGCGCCGCAGCGGGUCCGGUGGGUGCGGCUCAUCUACACUCACUUCGUCUCCUUCUCCAGGGACCAGGAGCUUCUGAUCUCCAUGAUGGACCAAGGCUUCGACUACGUCGAGGGAUCGCUGCUGAUGGACCACACCCUAAUCACCAACUGGAGGUCUUCCUUCUUCUCCAAGACGAACUCGGAGAAGAUAAGAGGGCUGGCGGCCGAGUUCGGCGCCAUCUACUGCUUGGAAGGAGCUGUAUACUACCACGAGUUAGCCAUGGCGUCUCGGGUGGAUCAGCUCCAUCUGCUGCUCCAACGGCUGAGCUUUGUCCCCGGUUUCGCCUUCACCAACGACGUCUCCUACGUCGGCUUCCUGGACCGAGUUCACGAUGGGGAGGUGAAGCUACGCUCCAUGGGGCUUUGGGAGGUUCCUCACCCAUGGCUCAACAUAUUCGUGCCCAAGUCCAGAAUACAAGACUUCGAGGUUGGGGUCUUUAAGGGCAUCCUCAUGCCCAAUAAUUCCACGGGACCAGUGCUGAUAUACCCCAUGAUCAAGAACAAGUGGCACGAUGAGAUGUCGGCUGUGACCCCCGAUGAAGAAGUCUUCUACUCCAUCGGCCUGCUGCGAUCGGCCAUUACCGAUGAUUGGCAAGAUUUGGACAACCAGAACGAUGAUAUAUUGGGGUUCUGCCAUCGAGAAGGAAUCCAGUUCAAGCAAUACUUGCCUCAUUACGCAUCACAGCGAGAUUGGAAGAACCACUUUGGCCGCAAAUGGGAUACGUUUGUAGAGAUGAAGAGGAGAUACGACCCCAAGGCACUCUUAUCACCAGGACAACGUAUAUUUACGUCCUCCCUCACAGAUCACGUCUAGGAGUAACCAUGUCUUGUGUUUACAUUGUAAUCAAAGCUUCAUGACAGUACUUGACUGCCAUGGCCGCCCUUCGUUGUUAGCAUGCCUUGGUCUUGAUCAUAAAGCAGGAAAGUGAUAGGAUUGGUGGGUUGCAAACAGCAUUGGGUCUGCUCUGAAGAAAUGGAAGGACCUCGUUUCACACA